CUCCUGUGAUUGGUCAGUGGAGACCAGCUGUCUGUGACGUAGCAGCAGGUGUGGGCGGAAGCUGAGUGUUUUCUUCUUCUUCUCUUUGCUCUGGUCGUCGGAGCCUGAGAUCGAAUGUGGCGGUGCACGGUUCGUGAUCAGCCGUGACCCUCCUCUGUCUCCCUCCUCUGUGUUUGUGUGGAGCUGCUGUAAAGAUGUCGUCGGCCCAACACAGCGGGACCUGCAGUCAGCUCAAUAAGUUUGAGAAGCUGUCGUGGAGGCCCUCCACCCGAGACUCUGGCUCUAAGAAGCGGGCUCGAUGGCUUCAGGCUCGACGCAUCUUCUCCCCUUCCUGCCCCAACCUGCGGAUCCCCAACAGGUUUCUGAGAGAAGGUCACUGUAUACCUCCCGCCCGCAGUGGUCACCGCUGUGUUGCAGACAGCACAAACCUGUACGUGUUCGGAGGCUACAACCCAGACUUUGAUGAGGCCGGUGGGUCAGAGAAUGAAGACUACCCUCUUUUCAGGGAGCUUUGGCGGUUUCAUUUUGCCACAGCCACGUGGCAACAAGUCCGCACAGAGGGCUACAUGCCCACAGAGCUGGCCUCUAUGUCAGCUGUUUUACAUGGCAACAACCUGCUUGUGUUUGGUGGCACUGGGAUUCCAUUUGGUGAAAACAAUGGCAACGACGUCCAUGUUUGCAACGUUCAGUACAGGCGAUGGAACCUGCUCAGCUGCAGAGGGAAGAAGCCCAACAAGAUCUAUGGGCAGGCGAUGGCCAUCAUAAAUGGCUACCUCUAUGUGUUUGGAGGGACAACGGGCUACCUUUACAGCACCGACCUUCACAGGCUGGACCUGACCACCAGGGAGUGGACCCACCUCAAACCCAACAACACGCCUUCGGAUCUGCCUGAGGAGAGGUACAGACACGAGCUUGCUAAUGACGGACAAAGAAUAUACAUUUUAGGAGGUGGAACGUCCUGGACGUCUUAUCCCCUGGACAAGAUUCAUGCAUACAACCUGGAGACAAAUUACUGGGAGGAAAUCGUCACCAAACCUCAUGAAAAACUAGGUUAUCCUGCUGCCCGGCGUUGUCACAGCUGUGUGCAGGUCAAAGAGGAUGUGUUUAUAUGUGGGGGUUAUAAUGGAGAGCUGAUCCUGGCAGACCUGUGGAAGAUCAACCUGCAGACUUUUCAGUGGACCAAGCUGCCCGCUGUAAUGCCUGAACCAGCCUACUUCCACUGUGCUGCAGUCACUCCGGCUGGCUGUAUGUACGUCCACGGUGGUGUCGUCAACAUGUUAGGGAACCAGAGGACGGGCUCUUUGUACAAAGUGUGGUUGGUGGUGCCCAGCCUGCUCGAACUGACCUGGGAAAAGCUGUUGAAAUCUUUCCCUCACUUGGCCCAGCUGUCCCCCCUUCAGCUGCUCAGCCUCGGACUGACACACACGCUAAUCCAGCGGCUCAAGUAGAGCGAGCACAAAGACUGAAGGAAGCGGUAUGUCAUUGGAUCUAUGCUGAGGACUUGGACAAAAACAAUUCUUGAAACGAAGUCUGAUGUCAGAAGGUGAUGAAAAUACUCUGGAUGCCUUUUUUAACUUUAGUCUUAUCUGAAUGUGUGUUUUUUUAUUAAAUGCAAAGUGCAAUGAUUUCUUUUUCUCUGUAUGUGAACAUGUCCGAUUUGAGUUUGCACUCAGAAGCUGCAUGUCAGUGUGUAAACCAGAAUCACUGUACGAUGAUGUCCACCUGCUUGUUGCUCAGAGGUAUCUUGUGCUAUGCUCAUAACUUAUGUCGAGCAUUCUUUAGUUUUUUUUUACCACUCAACCCUGUUGCAGACACUUGUGGAGCAUGAGCAGGAUAAUUAAUAAAUGAAUGUUUCUUAGACCACCUCCUGAAAGGCUAAAUGAAUGUUGCUUUGCUUAGAGGCUGAAAAACUGUGUGCUCGUUUUUCGCCGAUGCUGAAGUGUAGACACGUUGCUGCCGAUCAGCUGCUGCUGUGUCCACUGUGAUGUAGUGAAGUUUUAGAAGUGACUGAAGUUUCAAACAGGAGAAACUUGCAACUAGUUUCCUCAAAGACACAAACAUUUCUGCUCAAUCAGAAAAGUGUGAGAUUCUGAAAAGUGUCACACAGCUGGUGAUGCAUAACCAUGAUACCUCUUAAACAGUCUAAAUGUUCUAAAGCAUCAUGUUUUAGCCUCGAAGAAUUUCUGAUUUCAUGCCAAUUUCGAUUUGAAGAUGUUUUCGUCACUGGUCACAAUACUAAAGCUUGUGAUCAGACAAAAAAACCCAAAGCCUCUUUCACACAUCUGUGAUGUUGCAUCACAGUGAAGCUUCUUGUGCCUCUUGGAUUCUUCUGUUUUUGGGAAAACGAAGCUUAGUAAAGUUAGAAUGAAUUUUACACACUUGUAGCUCCACAGCGAUUCUCAAGCCUUUUUGAUUUCUUCAUUCGGUGCCUUCUGAAUUUCCAAAAUGUCCCACACACUGUUUUUUUUAUAUUAUUGUAAAUUAAUUUUUAAAGACUGGUUUCUUUACAAUUCUGAAUA